AGUGUUACAUUUGUGCAUUGUUAUUGCUUGUUUGUUUAUCUCUUCACUUUAUUUUUGCAUCCGUUUAUCCCUUGACCGAAUAACCGUCGUUACAUCGAACGAAAUUGAAAUCACAUUUCAUCAUUUCAGAAUUUUUUUUUUUUGCUGACAUCAAGUAUUAAACUUGUUUUCAUCUAAAUUACUUUUCAAACAUCUUUAGACAUUAAUUUUGGUCAUCAUCAUUUCUUAAUCAUUUAAUUAGAAGAAGUUAAAAUAUGGCUCGUACUAAACAAACUGCUCGUAAAUCGACUGGUGGUAAGGCACCACGUAAGCAAUUGGCUACUAAAGCUGCCCGAAAAUCAGCACCGUCGACCGGAGGUGUGAAGAAACCCCAUCGUUAUCGUCCUGGAACGGUCGCUUUGCGUGAAAUCCGUCGAUACCAAAAAUCUACCGAGUUGCUCAUCCGCAAACUCCCAUUCCAACGUUUGGUUCGUGAGAUCGCCCAGGAUUUCAAAACCGAUUUGCGUUUUCAGAGUGCAGCCAUUGGGGCAUUGCAAGAAGCUUCUGAAGCUUAUUUGGUCGGUUUGUUCGAAGACACCAACUUGUGCGCCAUCCAUGCCAAGCGUGUGACGAUUAUGCCAAAGGAUAUUCAAUUGGCCCGUCGAAUCCGUGGUGAACGUGCUUAGGAGGGUGGACAAAGAGGAGGACUAGGUCUAGUUAACACACCAUAUAAUUACAUAUACUGCUAUAAUAAUCAUUUAUUAUCAUAAUGACAUAUAUAUUUACACAAGAUUACAUCACACACAUCCUAGCUCUUCAUUCUGUUCGACUUAACUAAAUUGUUUCAUGUCGGAUUAGCAGGCCAUUAAUGGUUUUGUAAUCCAAAGUAACCAUUGUCGUUCAUUGUGUUUUGUUAUUACACUCAUACCAUAAUGUCACACCAUACACAUGCGAAUACAGAUAAUAAGCAUUUUUUUAUUCACUACCCCAUUGAUAACCACUAAGUUCUCAUACCGAUCGAUGUACGACCUGCAAUGUAUGGCCGACAGAAAGUUAGAAAAAUGAUUGAUUGUCGUCAUCGAUUAAAAAAUAACCAUUUAUUCACGAAAAA